AUGACGCCGAUUUGUUAUGCAAGCGCAAUGAUAGUCUUCAUAUUAAGAAUAUAUUUUUGUACGGCGGAGGCUGAUCCACAGAUAGUUGGGGCCAGUAGCCAACUAUCAGAGAAAGAAAUAUUCCGUUCAGAAUUGCCUAUUCCCAUUAAACUGAACUAUGACAAUCAACAAAUUUAUAAUAAUAAUAGGCUUCCGAUUGCAAAAUUAGAAACUGAGAACAUGCUCAAGAAUACAUUUUACAAAGAUUAUGAUGAGCCUCCUACUGACUUCGCUCUGAAAAGGUUUUGGGGAAAGUGGAGAAGAAGGAGAACGUCUACAAGGCCCCCAACAAGCGUAUCUUCGGAUCCAGCAUCAACAGUACCUCCAACCACUUCCUCCACCACCAUACCGACAUCAACUGAAACUCCAACAACAUCUACUGCAUUACCGACAUCAACUGAGAUGGUAACCACAUCCACAGCGAUUCCAACUGCGAUUCCCUCAACUCAAUCUCCAGCAACAUCCACUGCCAUACCAACAUCAACUGAGACGCCAACAACAUCCACCGCCAUACCGACAUCAACUGAGACGCCAACAACAUCCACCGCGAUCCCGUCAUCUACAACAACCACGACACAGUCUCCAACAACUUCAACAGCGAUUCCAACUUCUAUAACAACCACAACUGAACCAUCGACAACAUCAACAGCGAUUCCAACGUCUACAACAUCCACAACACAGACUCCAACAACUUCCACAGCAAUUCCAACGUCAACGACAACCACAACACAGACUCCAACAACUUCAACAGCAAUUCCAACGUCUACAGGAAGCACAACACAGUCUUCAACAACAUCCACAGCGGUUCCAACUUCUAUAACAACCACAACUGAGUCAUCGACAACAUCAACUGCGAUUCCAACGUCUACAACAUCCACAACACAGUCUCCAACAACUUCCACAGCAAUUCCAACGUCGACGACAACCACAACACAGACUCCAACAACUUCAACAGCAAUUCCAACGUCUACAGGAAGCACAACACAGUCUUCAACAACAUCCACAGCGGUUCCAACUUCUAUAACAACCACAACUGAGUCAUCGACAACAUCAACUGCGAUUCCAACGUCUACAACAUCCACAACACAGUCUUCCACAACUUCCACAGCAAUUUCAACGUCGACGACGACCACAGCACAGACUCCAACAACUUCAACAGCAAUUCCAACGUCUACAGGAAGCACAACACAGUCUUCAACAACAUCCACAGCGGUUCCAACUUCUAUAACCACCACAACUGAGUCAUCGACAACAUCAACUGCGAUUCCAACGUCUACAACAUCCACAACACAGUCUCCCACAACUUCCACAGCAAUUCCAACGUCGACGACUACCACAACACAGUCUCCAACAACUUCAACAGCAAUUCCAACAUCUACAGGAAGCACAACACAGUCUUCAACAACAUCAACAGCAAUUCCAACGUCUAUAACAACCACAACUGAGUCAUCGACAACAUCAACGGCGAUUCCAACGUCUACAACAUCCACAACACAGUCUCCAACAACUUCCACAGCAAUUCCAACGUCGACGACAACUACUACACAGUCUCCAACAACUUCAACAGCAAUUCCAACGUCUACAGGAAGCACAACACAGUCCUCAACAACAUCCACGGCAAUUCCAACGUCUAUAACAACCACAACUGAGUCAUCGACAACAUCAACGGCGAUUCCAAACUCUACAACAUCCACAACACAGUCUCCCACAACUUCCACAGCAAUUCCAACGUCGACGACAACUACUACACAGUCUCCAACAACUUCAACAGCAAUUCCAACGUCUACAGGAAGCACAACACAGUCUUCAACAACAUCCACGGCAAUUCCAACGUCUAUAACAACCACAACUGAGUCAUCGACAACAUCAACGGCGAUUCCAACCUCUACAACAUCCACAACACAGUCUCCUACAACUUCUACAGCAAUUCCUACGUCGACGUCUUCCACAACACAGUCUCCAACAACUUCAACAGCAAUUCCAACAUCUACAGGAAGCACAACACAGUCUUCAACAACAUCAACAGCAAUUCCAACGUCUAUAACAACCACAACUGAGUCAUCGACAACAUCAACGGCGAUUCCAAACUCUACAACAUCCACAACACAGCCUCCCACAACUUCAACAGCAGUUAUUCCUAUAGAAUAG